CUGGUUUUUCGUGACUGUCUUCAGCAAACAGUUAUAUCUAGGGCACGGUUAGUAGGCGUGGUUAAUUUAUUAUUAACUUUAAUGAUUAAUUUUAAGUCUAUUUAUUUUGUCAUAAGUAAUUAUAUAUAUAUAUAUAUAUAUAUAAUAUAUAUAUAUAUAUAUAUAUAUAUAUAUGUUGGUCGUUAUUUGCAAGCAAAGAUGAAAAAGGAUAUAUUAUGCCGUGAGUAGGCCGGUGGCCUGUACGUCCUAAUCCUUGCGUUCUCGCGAUAUUUUGGAGUACCUAUGCACACUUCAUCAAAUGCCUGACUAGCCCGAUCCUGGAAUGACGUUCUCGGCUGCAUUUCUCGCAAGAGACCCUCGACUCCUGGUUAGAUUUGGACGUCCGUGCUGUUCCUUUUGUUGCAAGGGCUUCGUUUCGCGCAUCUCCUGCCUUCUGGACUCCAUACACUGCUGUUUGCCAGCCGGAACGGUGCUCAGAGAAGCUGUCCUUUUAUUGGUUGAUUUCUGUGUUGGUUUCCCUCGUGCUCCUUUUGAAAACGUCCUUAAAUCCCGGCCGUCCAGUUAGUCUUGCCCCUUCUGUCAACUCGCCAUACAGCAGAACCUUUGGAAUACGGCCUUCCUCCGUUCUCCUUCUAUGGCCCCACCCUUGAAGCCGCUUCUUGCUAACGGCGGAGAAUAUGCUACACAUUUUUGGCACGUUCCAAGUCGUCUGUGUUAGGCACCUUGUCCCGCCAUCGACUGCGCAAGACGCAACGCAGAAAUCUUUGAUGGAAGCUGUUCAGUUUCCAUUUCCACUCAUGACUGUCCUAUGUGUGGUCCACAGCUCACUGCGCUAGUGGAGCACACUAAACACGCGUGUCUGGUAGAUGCUUAGUUUUGAACUUUCGGUGAGUUUAGGAUUAUUACACACACUCACUUAUUCAAUUCAGCCGUAGUUGUUGCUGCGUUUGCGAUCUUGAUGUUCACCUCUUCGUCAACACAUUAAACACAUAUAGACACAAAAUUGUUUACACACUAACUUCAUUAGCUUGGAAAUAAAUCCAUUUAGCCCACGAAACGUUUCCUUAAAAUGUUGUCUUAAUGUAAAUUAGAUUUUUCAAUUAAGCGUUUUUUGUUUUUUUCUUCUUAUAACUGUCUCAUUUGUAAGGUUAUCUCUCACGGUGGGUGAAACAAAUUCCCCAUCCCAAGGGAGGAGAAGGGGGGGGGGGGUCACGCUUGGUGAAUCCCGUCAAACACUGCUAGAGAUCAUCUAAAUCACUCCAACAAGGGGGUGGUCACUCCUUUCCACUUGCUAUUCAAGGCAUGGUGAGCAAUGACCCAUUUAUAAUGUUGUCUUAAUGUAAAUUAGUUUUUUUAAUUAAGCGUUUUUUGUUUUUUUGUUCUUAUAACUGUCUCAUUUGUAAGGUUAUCUCUUACGGUGGGUGAAACAAAUUCCCCAUCCCAAGGGAGGAGAAGGGGGGGGGGGGUCACGCUUGGUGAAUCCCGUCAAACACUGCUAGAGAUCAUCUAAAUCACUCCAACAAGGGGGUAGUCACUCCUUUCCACUUGCUAAUCAAGGCAUGGUGAGCAAUGACCCAAGAAUUUCUGUAUAGUACAAUGCUCUCUUUCAUUCUUCAAAUACACCCCAACAUAAAUUGAUGUAUUGGUGUGAGUGAUCGAAGAUGACCUAUUUUUUUUCAUAAACACUUAGUACGAACUAGUCAAUUAACAAAUUAUGUGUUGUUGUUCUUUUUUUAAUUUGUUUAUAAAGCGCGUCAAAUUCGGUGAUAUAAAUAUAAAUAUGAACAAUAUUUUUUUCAGCAUCUAAAAUAGCCCUGACAGCUGAUCCAACCUCCGUCACAGUUGGAAUCACAAAGAUAUUGGUGAUGAGAUGUUCACUGCAGGUAGAUCAACAUUUUCAGUUUUAUCAUUUAACUUUCAAGUUUACACACACACACACACACACACACACACACACACACACACACACAAGCAAACAAUAAAAAAAAAUUAAACUAAAAUACAAACAAAACAAAAUACGUCUGCGAACUAAAUUCUAUACUUUAUUAUUUUAAUGACAUCAAAUAUUGAAUAAAUUUACACCAGAAUUGCCCUAUAAAUGUAUCAGCACAUAUAUCAUCUCAUUAUGUUCCCAUUAAAGUGUUAUAGUAAUUAGUUCAUAAACAUAAUGUCUGAAUGAAGACAAGACUUAACUGCGUUUUUAAAUUAUUUUUAUUUGGUGUAAUUUUUUUGUGGGUCAAAGCAACAGUAACCUUGCGUUGAAAAAGCAAUCCUAGCCUUGACACAAUUUUCAUUAUUGAAACGAAGUUGUAAAGCACUCGUUCACUGAUAAAUUAUCAUAUAUGACUAGUAAUUAAUCGUUUCACUUUACCGACUAUAUCCUAAAGUGAUCGCUGGAAAGGAAAAAUAAAAACAUUGAUUCCUGGUGUUGUAUACAAAUUAUCUCACGUUGUUUGCAGAAUGUCCCCGCUAGGAAUGACACGGUACAACAAGGCUGGGCUGAACCGUUUAGAGCUACUGUAAACUCAAUCUCCAUUACACGAGGUGAUAUAAUAUGUUUAUAAUGUGAUACACAAGCUCACUGUCAUGUGACCACGUUAUUGCGACUUGCCUUUAGUGUGAUCUCAGUUCAAUUUGUAUGUGAUUGUGAUACUACUCAACCUGCCUACGUGAGCACGUUAUCUUGACUUGUCUUAUGUGAUACUACUCAACCUGCCUACGUGAGCACGUUAUCUUGACUUGUCUUAUGUGAUACUACUCAACCUGCCUACGUGAGCACGUUAUCUUGACUUGUCUCAUGUGAUACUACUCAACCUGCCUACGUGAGCACGUUAUCUUGACUUGUCUCAUGUGAUACUACUCAACCUGCCUACGUGAGCACGUUGUCUUGACUUGUCUCAUGUGAUACUACUCAACCUGCCUACGUGAGCACGUUGUCUUGACUUGUCUCAUGUGAUACUACUCAACCAGCCUACGAGAGCACGUUGUCUUGACUUGUCUUAUGUGAUACUACUCAGACUGCCUACGUGAGCACGUUAUCUUGACUUGUCUUUGAUAUGAUUUUAGCUUUUAAACUAUCCGUUGUUCAUUGAAUGCUCAACUGUAACGCAAUUUUUUAAGCAAUCACGUCUGCGUUUCUGUCCUUGCUCGUAACUCAAGAUCUGGUGUCUACCUGUAUGCAGGUUUUUAAAUGUAUUUUAUAUCAAAACUUCAUAGUCGUAGUAAUUAAAACCUAAAACCAACAUAUAUAUAUAUAUAUUGCUGCGACCCUUUCAUACAGUUCCUCAUGGUGUGGUGACCCCCAACCAUAAAAUUAUUUUCGUUGCUACCUCAUAAAUAUGUGUUUUCCGAAGGUCUUAGGCGACCCCUGUGUAAGGGUCGUUCGACCCCCCAAACAGGUUUUCGAGACCCACAGGUUGAGAACAGCUGAUAUAUUUAAUUGUGCUAAAAUUCUUUCAGAAACCUUAGUCAUAAAUAUUCCAUAUAAUAAAUAAAAAAUUUAAUCUGUUGUUUUUUUUAAAGAUAGCUCGACUACAAUAGCAUCGAUUUCAUCCCAGCACCCGGCCGUUGCAUCAGCAGACGUGGACACUCUCAGGGUCCGUGGUGAUUUAACUCCAAGCGUGGACUCCAGCUAUCUGCAGUUGACGUGGACCAAGCCAGGGUUAAACCAGACCGGGAUGUACACAUGCCGCAUCAAUGCGACGGGCCAUUCUGGCCAGGACGUCCUUUACAAAUCCCACAUCCACAUUUACCACAAACGUCCAGAUAGUAAGGACAUCAUCCAGUACAUCCAUGAGUUGGAGGACGCGCUCUCACAGACCCAACGUGCAGUAAAAGAAUGCGAGAGAAGCUCGAACGCCGAGAUAAGGGACGUCCGCAUUUCAUUAAAUAAUUCACAAUCUGACCUUCAGCGACAGGUCGACAUCUCGAACGCCCAGG